AUGAGGGCGACUGCGGUCAAAGGGGAAUUCAGUGUUAUAGAUGUGGCUAGCCGGGUCACUUUGCUCGGGAUGACUCCUGGCGAUGUGGAUUAUGAGGCUUCAGAGACCCGCGACGCUGGGGUGAUUACUGGUAGAGUUCGUCUAUAUGAUUUCUAUGCAUGUACUUUGUUUGAUUCUGGGGCGUCCCAAUCUUUUGUGUCCGCCACUUUUGCUCAGAUGUGUAAUCUAGUCAUGGAGCCUUUAUCACAAUCCCUAUUAGUGACUCUUCCAAAUGGUGAGAUGGUAUGGUGCUCCAAAGUUGCUUUAGGCUGUCCUUUGGAUUUUGGUGGGAGGACACUGGACGCAGAUUUGAUUGUAUUCAAGUUGCUUGGAUUUGAUAUAAUUUUGGGUAUGGAUUGGCUGUAUCGAUAUUCUGCAAAUAUUGAGUGUAGAAGUCGAGUAAUUGGUUUUCAACUCUCGGAUGGGGAUUAUUUAGAAUUCGUGGGAAGCAAGUUGAAGGCAAGACCAUCAAUUAUAUCAGCAAUUCAAGCUAAGAGAGAUAUAGCUUGUGGAGCAGAUGCUUUUUUGGUUCAAGUCGUGUCUACACCAUCUGAGAAGAAAUCUUUAGCGGAUAUUCUAGUGGUGGAAGAAUUUCCCGAUGUGUUCGUGGACGAGUUAUCUGGAUUGCGUCCCGUUCGCAAUAUGGAAUUUGUUAUUGAUCUGGAACCUGGGGUGGCUCCUGUGCAUAAGGCUCCUUACCGCAUGGCACCGGCUGAGUUAAAAGAGUUGAAGACUCAAUUGCUAGAAUUGGUUGACAAAUGA